GCAAGAAAGGGGGUUUUAUGGGGAACAGCUGAGAGCCGGGGGGAGUGGGGGAUCCAGAAGUUAGCCCUGCCCUGAAAGAAAAAAAGAACCCCCCCCGCCUUCCACAGGAACCCCAAAAUUGUGACAGGUUCUGGGCAGCUUAGGUAGAUCUGGGCUUGCAGAGUUCUGGAUUAGCAGAUUUGGGGAGCAGUUAGGUCAGGAGGUUGGGAGGCCCCUGAGAGUGUGAGCAAGUUGGAGGGUUUUUUUUGGGGGGGGGGUCAGGCUAGCUGUAAGUGGCCUUAGUCCCUUAGACUGGGAGGUGCACUGGAAUUUGGCCAAGGCGUUUAGAUUUCCCGGCGCCCCAUGGAUGAUUCAAUGGAGAGGAGCCCCCUCUUAGGAGGGGGAGACCAGCGGGGCCCACCAAGCUCCCCCAGCGCCAGCGCCUUCCGCGGCCGGCGCCUGGCCUGCGCCGCGGUGCUGCUGGCGGAGAUGCUGGAGCGAGUGGCAUUCUACGGCAUCACCUCGAACCUGGUGCUUUUCCUCAACGGGGUGCCCUACAACUGGGAGGGCACCCAAGCCAGCCAGGCUUUGCUGCUCUUCAUGGGCGUCACCUACCUGGUGUCGCCCUUCGGGGGCUGGUUGGCGGACGCCCUGCUGGGCAAGUUCCCCACCAUCCUGUUCAGCAUGGCGGUCUACCUGCUAGGCAUGCUGCUCUUCCCUGCCAUGGCUUACUCCACCACCCGCCAGUGGCUCUGCGGGGAGAUGCCCUUGCGGAUCGUAGAGAACUGCUCUGUGCCCGUGUCGCCCAACAUCACCCACACCCCGUGCCAGCUGCAGGGAGCCAACCGCUAUUGCCUGGUGGCCAGCUUCGUGGGACUGGUUCUCGUGGGAGUCAGCGUGGGCUCCGUCAAGGCCAACAUCACGCCCUUCGGAGCCGACCAGGUCAAAGACCGGGGCCCCGAAGCCACACGAAGGUUUUUCAACUGGUUUUAUUGGAGCAUAAACUUGGGGGCCAUCGUAUCCUUGGGAGGCAUCGCGUACAUCCAGCAGAACGUGAGCUUUGUCAUCGGCUACAUCAUCCCAGCUGUUUGCAUCGGGGUGUCCUUCGUCGUCUUUCUCUGUGGCCAGAGCUUCUUCAUCACAAAGCCCCCUGACGGCAGCGCCUUCACAGACAUGUUUAAGAUUCUGGCUUAUUCAUGUUGUUCCCGGAAGAGGCCUGAGGAAUACUCCAGCAAUAGUAGAGACACCCAAGGGGUACUUCAUCAACCAGCUCCCAAACAAAGCCUCUUCGAGAUGGCCAAAUCAUCCCAUGGAGGGCCAUUCAGGGAAGAUAAAGUUGAGGAUGUGAAAGCGCUGGUCAAAAUCAUUCCAGUCUUCCUGGCCCUCAUACCUUACUGGACGGUCUAUUUUCAGAUGCAGACAACGUAUGUCCUCCAAAGCCUGCACUUGAGAAUCCCCCAGUUUUCAAACAGCACCUCAAACAGCCAUACGUUCCCUGCAGCUUGGCUGACCAUGUUUGACGCGGUGCUUAUCCUCAUAUUAAUACCUUUGAAGGACAAAGUGGUCGACCCCAUCUUGAAGAGGCACGGCCUGCUCCCGUCGUCACUGAAGAGGAUUGCCGUCGGCAUGUUCUUUGUGAUGUGCUCUGCGUUUGCUGCAGGAAUAUUGGAAAGCAACAGGCUGAAGAUCGUGAAGGUCAGGACUAUCAAUCAGACGAUUGGGAACGCAGUCUAUCAUGCGGCUGAUAUGUCGGUCUGGUGGCAGAUCCCUCAAUACCUCCUGAUUGGGUUCAGCGAGAUAUUUGCAAGCAUUUCGGGUCUGGAAUUUGCAUAUUCUGCUGCUCCCAAAUCUAUGCAGAGUGCGAUUAUGGGUCUCUUUUUCUUUUUUUCCGGAAUUGGGUCUUUUGUUGGAUCAGGGCUUCUGGCUUUGGUGUCUAUUACAGCGAUUGGCUGGAUGAGUAAUCACACAGAUUUGGGUAAGUUAUUUAUGUGUUUGUUUAUUUUUAUUUAUUUAUUUAUUUACUUACUUACUUACUUACUUACUUACUUAUUUUCGUUCCAGCAUGUUAGAGGAAAAAGAAAGCAGAGUACUUAUUCCUAAAGCUGCCGCAUGCUG